AGCUUCCCGAGACCAGGGCUCGGUUCAGUUUGAAACAGGUUCUUGUGCGGUCAAGUGUCAGUAUUGAAAGGAGUUAAAAAAGUUCUAUAAAGAAGUCAACAUGGUUAAGUUAAUGGUUGUCCUGAUGUUCACCGCCCUGGUUGUCGCCGCCGUUGCCAGCAAGCAAGAUCACGGAAAGCAGCAACAGCACCACCAGCCACAGCCCCACCAUCAGCAGCCCCAGCCACAUGGAAAGCAAUUUGGCCACGGACCGGCUACCGGAGGCCACGGCGGUCAUGCUCAGCCCGUUGCGCACGGUGCUGGCCACGGAAACCAGCAGAAGAUCCACAACACUGGCCUUCACGGGCAGCAGCACGGAGUUCCCCAGCACGGGCAGAAGAAGCACGGUCAUCAUUAGAAAUGUAGUUUCGGGGUUAAAUUUCGGGGGGACGACAAUAAAGUGAGAACAUAGUUUUCGAUUAAAAAAAA